CGCCCGCCCCGCCCCUCGCCCCGCUGCCUCCUGGGCUCGAGCGGGACAUGGUGCUGUCUGAGCUGGCAGCGCGCCUCAACUGCGCCGAGUACAAGAACUGGGUGAAGGCGGGCCACUGCCUGCUGCUCCUGCGCGGCUGUCUGCAGGGUUUCGUCGCCCGCGAGGUGGUCACCUUCCACCGCGGCCUGCUCGCCGCCGCCCCCAACCUGGGCCCCCGCGCCACCUGCUGCAGCGGCUCUCGGUGCAGCCCGCGCGCUCGCCAGUUUCAGCCUCAGUGUCAGGUAUGCGCAGAGUGGAAACAGGAGAUUUUGAAACACCACACCAACAGGAAUGGAGACGUCCACUGGGGAAACUGCCGACCGGGCCGGUGGCCCGUCGACGCCUGGGAGGUGGCCAAGGCCUUCAUGCCCCGAGGACUGGCAGACAAAACAGGCCCUGAGGAAUGUGAUGCCGUUGCCCUUUUAAGCCUCAUCAACUCCUGUGAUCACUUCAUGAUUGAUCGAAAGAAAGUCACAGAGGUGAUUAGAUGUCGUAAUGAGAUCAUGCAUUCUUCAGAGAUGAAAGUGUCUUCUCUGUGGCUUCGAGAUUUUCAGAUGAAGAUCCAAAAUUUUCUGAAUGAAUUCAAGAAUAUUCCAGAGAUUGUGGCAGCCUAUGCCAGAAUAGAACAGCUGUUGACAUCUGACUGGGCUGUUCACAUCCCUGCAGAAGAUCAGCUAGAUGGAUGUGAAUAUGAAACAGGAGUUUACCUGAGUGAGAGCCAAGUAAAUGAAAUAGAAAUGGAAUUACUAAAGGAGAAACUUCAAGAGAUCUAUCUUCAAGCACAAGAACAAGACGUGUUGCCUGAAGAGAUCUUAAAUCGACUGGAAGUAGUGAAAGAAUUUCUGAGAAACAAUGAGGAUCUUAGAAAUGGUCUUACUGAAGAUAUACAGAAGCUAGACAGCCUCCAUCUACAGCAUCAAAAACCAGGUUCAAAGGAACCUGGGGCACAGACACCUGAAGGGAAGGCCUGAGGCUGCCCUUUGACAAAACCCAGGCAUGUUAUGUGAAGGUCGGCAUGGCUUCAAUCUCAGCCCUUCUUUUCUGUGCAAAAGGAAAAACUUAACAGAGUGCACCACCCAAACAAAAAGGAAUUUUUGUUGUCUUUUCUUGGACUUUCCUUUGACUCUUUGGGAAUAUUUUUUUUAAUAUUCGUAAGCUUGGUGUUGUGUUAUCUGUAACCCACCAAAAAAUGUUAGAUACUGUUGUGCCAAAACUUGC